GAAUAAAAGCACACGAUAUUUUAACGUGUAUAAAACGAUGGCAUGUUUAACGUGAAUAAUUCACUGUUACAAUUGUCUCCUUGACUAGCUGUUAAAAAUGAGGUUCUUCGCUGUUUUUGUCCUGAUUUUCGUGUGCCUGGCUAUCGCUGCGGACGCGCAAACAACGAAGAAGCCAAGCCCGACUACUGCACCUAAGCCUACCGCUAAACCGAAGCCAACUGCUGCACCGAAACCGACAGCCAAACCGAAACCGACUGCUGGACCCAAGCCGACAGCUAAGCCUAAGCCGACUGCUGGACCUAAGCCGACAGCUAAGCCCAAGCCGACAGCUAAGCCCAAGCCAACUGCUGGACCUAAGCCAACGGCCAAACCGAAGCCAACCGCACCACCUAAGCCAACAGCUAAGCCCAAGCCAACGACUCCUAAACCAUAAGAUGGUCGUUUGAAGGGAUUUACUGAUAUUUUCCAUUGACGGCUAGGCUGGACGGUAUGAGGAGGGACUGCAUAAUUUAAAAAGAUGGAUUUAUUUUGUUGGUUUCGUUUUUAACCUCUCUUGGAUUAAAUGAGACCUCGAAUAAAAUAAUGUCCAAAAAUA